UUCCCUUGCCAUGCAUUCGUAAUUAGUCUUCGUAAAUCCGCAUUUGUGUUAGGUUAAAUAUUUUGUUAAUAUUUUCAAUAAUCGCGUAAAUUUAAAUCUAAAUUAUAAAUAAACAAAAAAUAAUUUAAUAUGGUAGAUCCAAAUCGUAAAAUCAAUCGUCUAACAGAUAGGGAUAUUCAGUUUUUGGAUGAAUGUCAAGAUGAAUUUGCAAAUCGUUUUACUGAUGAAGAUGAAGAAUUUGCGAAUCACUGCUCUAAACCACUGGCAGAUCCGCCUAUAGUUGAAAAUUGGGGAUUUUCAGGCGCGGGCAAUAAUCAUCGCGGCGGUGGACAACGCAAUAACUAUGGAGGUGGCAAUCUGUUUAAUCGUGGUGGGUGGAAUAAUCGUGGUCGAGAUCGUGGUGACCGUGGUUAUCGAGGAGGUGGUGGCCGUGGAAAUCGUGGUGGUGGUGGACAUAAUUACCAAAGACAUAACAAUAAACCCUAUGAUAGAAAUUUUCGCGGCGACAGUGAACGCGGGCGUAGUGAACGUGAAGAACGUCCUCACCAACCAAUGAAUAUACGACGAGACUAUGGGAACUUUGUGCCUGCGUCUAAAGAUUAGUUGUUAAAGAAAUAUUUAUAUGGUGUUAGAUUAGAUUUAUUCAAAGCUAUUUCUUUCAAAAUGAUGACACGUUUUUAAUUUUUUUUAGUCUUAUUAUGAUCAAAUAAAUAAUUGCAUGAUUAUCUUAUAAUGUUUCCUCAGAAA